AUGCCACUCACGCCGAUAUCAAAACGACUCUCCGGGCCUCUUACACCCCGGGGCUGCACCAACGUCUAUGGAUCGCGAUUUGCCUCAGAGCAUAUGCCAACAGACAGGUUACCGGAAGACGAAAUGCCCAAAGAGGCUGCCUAUCGAAUGAUCACCGACGAUCUGGUCCUCGACGGUAUUCCUAUGCUGAACCUUGCGAGUUUCUGUACAACAUACAUGGAAGAGGAAGCCGAGAAGCUCAUCUUCGAAUCCGCUAAUAAGAACGUCAUCGACCACGAAGAAUAUCCAAGAUCCGUCGAGCUGGAGCAGCGCUGCCUCAGAAUCCUCGCCAAUCUCUUCCACUCGCCAGAACAAAAUGGCCAAACCACCGCCAUUGGCACCGCGUGCAUUGGCUCAUCAGAAGCCAUCAUGCUGGCAACGCUGGCCAUGAAAAAGCGCUGGAAGAACCAGCGGAAAGCAGCGGGCAAAGACGCAUCUCAGCCCAACAUCAUCAUGAGUACGGGCGUCCAGGUCUGCUGGGAGAAGGCGGCGGCGUACUUUGAGAUCGAAGAGAAGCUGGUUCCUUGCACGGAAACGCGAUACGUGAUCGACCCGGCUCAAGCCGUGGAUCUCGUCGAUGAAAACACGAUCGGCAUCUGUGCGAUCCUCGGCACAACCUACACCGGGCAAUACGAGGAUGUCAAACAGAUCAACGACUUGCUGGUACAAAGAGGCCUCGAUACCCCUAUUCAUGUCGAUGCGGCCAGUGGCGGCUUCGUGGCGCCGUUCGUCAAUCCGGGCUUGGUCUGGGAUUUCCAGCUGUCCAAUGUGGUCUCAAUCAAUGUCUCUGGGCACAAGUAUGGCUUGGUGUACCCGGGCAUCGGCUGGGCUCUCUGGCGAUCCGCCGAUUAUCUCCCCCAAGAACUCAUCUUCAACAUCAACUAUCUCGGUGCUGACCAGCUGAACUUCACGUUCAACUUUUCCAAGCCCGCGUCGCACAUUAUCGCUCAAUACUACCAGAUGAUCCGUCUCGGCCGCCGCGGAUACCAUGCGAUCAUGGGCAACCUGACCCGCACGGCGGAUUACCUGGCCGCCCACCUCCAGAACAUGGGUUUCUUUAUCAUGAGCGAGGGAUCUGGUAAGGGUCUCCCCGUGGUCGCAUUUCGACUGAGUACCUCCCAAAGUCUCUUCUUCGAUGAGUUUGCGCUGUCACAUAAGCUGCGAGAACGCGGCUGGAUUGUGCCCGCAUACACCAUGGCGGCCGACUGUGAGAAAAUGUCCAUGAUGCGUGUGGUGGUGCGCGAGGACUUCACACAGAGCCGCUGCGACAGCCUUAUCCGCGACAUCGAACUGGCCCUCAACGCGCUCGCAGGCGACGAGAUGCGGCGUGUUCAGCGGUAUCAAGCGUACGUUCGCCGACUCCGAUCUGGUUCGUACCAGUUACUGAUGCUAAGCAGGUUCGUUUCAAGCCACAUGGUUCCUGAAAAGAUGGGUGUCGAGCAGAGAUGUAUUGAAGUCACUCCCCUGAUCACCCCUCCCCCAGAGGAAGCUUAG